AUGGUCCUAGAUAAACCAGUGCAGAAAGCACUCACGGCAGGCAGCAUCCAAGCAGUUUCAGCAGAUGCUCCAAGGGAAGAUGCUGUGCUGGUGGGACCUCUGGGCAGAAAGCCUUUCUCCAAACCUGAUAUAGUGGUGGAGAGCCGAGGAGGAAUCAUGGACAGCAUGCAGAGAUUUUCAAACCUGCCAACAUAUCUUCCCACGAGCUAUCACUUCUACAAUGCUGAUGUUUUCUUCUUCCUCAAAGAAGCCAACCAGGAUAUCAUGAGGAACUCCAGUUUGCAAUCUAGGGUGGAUUCAUUCUUUAUAUACAAAGCCAAACUUCCACCUGUCCUAAAUGCCACGUAUGGACCUUUUUCUGUUGAACAGGCUGUUCCCUUGGACCUCAUGCUGACUUCUGCAUCUUUUGGUUUCACAGAUAAAUUCGCUUUUAACUGGAAAUUAAAAUCGCACAUACUUGACAGCUCAAUAUAUUCCAACAAACCUAAAAUACAAACCUUAUUCUAUAUCGCGGGGAAGGACUGGGAUGACAAUAGUUCUGUGGAGACGUUGCCUUGUGUGAAGAUGUUUGCUUUCCUGGAGUCUAGAGAAGUUGUGGCCAGCUGUAGGUUGAAAGGUCAUCUGGGGUUAUGUGUUGCAGAGCUGGAAUUGUCUCCUAGCUGGUUCAGCUCCCCUCCGCCACUGGUUUCAGAGCAAAUGGCCUCCUUGGAAGGGAUUACUGUGGAGCUCUUCUAUAAGAUUUAUGCAGCAGAUGGGGAAUGUUCUCCUGAGGAUGCAGCAUGGGAAAACAAUAUCCAUGCAGGUGAAGAUAAUGAACACAAGGCAUUGCCAGCUAUGGAGAGGAUUGGUAGCAUCAUUGUUUAUCCAAAUGAAGACAAAUUAAAACAGUCUGUAUUGAGGCUAGAUGAUAACGUCAUGAUCCGCCUACCGCUUAGCCCUGUCAAAGAAGGUGACAUUGUAACCUUUCAUGUUUGCCUUGCUGAUGACUCUCUAGCAGAUCAGUUUGUAUUAAGAAUUAAGACGGCCCCAGGUGUGAAGAUAUCGGACGUCAGAGUCAGUGAUGCAGACCAGUGGGGGAUCCAGGAGGAAACGGACAGCGAGAGGACCACUGCCAUUAUCACAUGUGUGCACAACGAUCCAACUGCAGAGAACAGAGCAAACAUGUCCUCCUAUGAGAUCCUGCAGAUGGACUUUGAGAUCGACAACAGUAGCAGUCUGACAGGGGCCCAGCAAAUUACCUGGCAGGUGGAAUACCCUCGAGAUGACUCCGUGAGCGAACUAGUGGUCUCGGAGAUCUUUGUCAGCCGAACUGUGUUUGUGGGAAUUGUUCCUCUUGCAAUGGACACGGAAGUCCUUAACACAGCCAUCUUGACGGGCAAAACGGUGUCUGUUCCAGUGAAGGUUGUUGCCGUGCAGGAGGAUGGGGCAGUGGUCGAUGUUUCCGAGUCCACUGAAUGCAAAUCAGCCGAUGAGGAUGUCAUAAAGGUUUCUGACAGAUGUGACUCCAUCUUUGUUAAUGGCAAGGAAAUGAAAAGCAAAGUGGAUACUAUUGUUAACUUCACUUACCAGCAUUUUACCACCCAAUUAGAAGUGACGGUCUGGGUGCCACGGCUUCCCCUGCAGAUUGAGAUCUCUGAUACAGAACUUAGCCAGAUCAAAGGCUGGAGGAUACCAGUCACCUCCAAUAAAAGGCCUACUCGUGACAGUGAGGAUGAAGAAGAUGAUGAGAAAAAGGGAAGAGGAUGCACUCUUCAGUAUCAGCAUGCCAUGGUGCGAGUCCUCACACAGUUUGUAGCUGAAUCCUCUGAUUUUGGAGGCCACUUGACCUAUAUGCUAGGUUCUGAGUGGCAGUUUGACAUCACUGACCUUGUGACUGAUUUCAUGAAGGUAGAAGAACCCAAGAUUGCUAAGCUUCAAGAUGGCCGAGUUCUGGUUGGUCGUGAGCAUGGCAUCACCACGGUCCAGGUUCUGUCACCUCUUUCCGAUUCCAUCUUGGCGGAGAAGACAGUGAUAGUCCUAGAUGACCGUGUAACAAUUACAGAUCUAGGAGUCCAACUAGUUUCAGGCUUGUCCCUCUCUUUGCAAAUUAGCAAAGGCAAUAAGAGAGCUAUCGUUUCUACCACAUCUGCUUAUGAUAUCCUUCAUACUCCAAAACAGGAAGCCAUAGUCAGCGCUUGGGUUUUGUUCAGCGAUGGGUCGGUGACGCCUUUAGAUAUUUAUGACUCCAAGGAUUUCUCAAUCACCAUCACUUCACUGGAUGAGAUGGUAGUGUCUGCACACCAAAAUCUUCAGUCAAAAUGGCCUAGGGUAGUAGCAGAAGGGGAUGGGCAAGGACCUCUGAUUAAAAUUGAAAUGGUCAUCAGCGAGCCAUGUCAGAAGACUAAGAGAAAGAGCAUUCUGGCUGUUGGAAAAGGAAGUGUCAAAGUGAAGUUUGGUCAAAAAGAUUCUGACCACAAAGGAAGCACCAAUGAUAUUGACGAUGUGGAUAGAGACUUUAAAAGUCAUGCAAGCAAUUCUAUAGAGAAGCCUGCAGAACAAGAGAGGACAGUACAAGAAUGGUCUAAAAAUGGAGCCCUUAGCAAUCACGAGGACAAUGCAAACAAAAGCACAACUUCCAAAUCUCCCAUUGAUCAGGAGUCGCUGGAGGAUGACCAGCCCCAAAAUAACCCAACUGCCUUCACAGGUUUCCCUGCACAAGUAGAAAUACCAGAGCAAAACAAUCCGAGUGAUCUUACAUUGACUUCAAGAGGAUUAACAGAUUUGGAGAUUGGCAUGUAUGCCCUGCUCUGUGUCUUCUGCUUAGCAAUCUUGGUCUUUCUGAUUAACUGUGUGGCUUUUGCUUGGAAGUACAGGCAUAAAAGAUUUGCUGUGAGUGAGCAAGGCAACAUCCCCCAUUCCCAUGAUUGGGUCUGGCUUGGAAAUGAAGUUGAACUGCUGGAAAAUCCAGUUGACAUUUCGCUCCCGUCAGAGGAGUGUACUACCAUGAUUGACAGAGGAAUGCAGUUUGAGGAAAGCAACUUUCUUCUUAAUGGGAGUUCUCAGAAGACUCUUCAUAAUCAUAUCCUCAGAUCUUCUGAGUACGUUUGUGAAAAAGAAGUUAAAAGUGAACCUAUAAAUUCUUCUGGGCCAAAGCAGAAGCGUGUAAAGUUCACUUCAUAUACAACAAUACUGCCAGAGGAGGGAGGUCCCUAUACCAACUCAAUUCUAUUUGACAGUGACGAUAAUAUUAAAUGGGUAUGCCAAGAUAUGAAUCUUGGUGAUUCCAAGGAACUUAGGGACUAUAUGGAAAGACUGCAAGACAAUAUGUAAAACUACUUUCUUAUGUUUGUAAUCACCUUUAUGCCUUCUGUUUAUGGAUGGUGGAACAGUCAGUCCAGUCAGCAAUAGGAACAAGCGAGUCCAACCUUGGAGUUACUGAGAUGAUAAUCUGUUAUCACUGAGCAGGUACAAGAGGCUGGCUGAGUUAAACCUGUUUCACCAUAAACCAGGAUGUGCCCCUAAAACAGCUACCUGUAGGUGUUGGAGGUGUCACAUGAUGGCUGUUUUUGUAUACUGCCUGGUACUAGCAAAAUGCUAAUACAACUGCGCUCACACUCAGAGGAGACUCCAUUUGUUUAUCUCUCAUGAUAAAUGUUAAAUAAGAAAAAAGAGGGAUCUUUGCAUUGAUUUUUCUAGUCGUCGUCCUUUGUAAAGCACAGCGGACAUUUCUUGCUUACAGCCUGAAACAAGGCUUACAUUAGAAGGGAUCUGAAUGAAUCUAGUUUUAUUGCUUACGCGCAAUACAGCCAAGUAGUCUUAUUAUUUUUUUACACGUAUAAAAGCCCCCAUGUGGUUCGUCAUAUUGUUUAUGAAUAUUAUUUGAGUUAGGGAACAUUAGAUAUUUUCUUUGAAGAGUUUCUUGGCUGUACCAAAGUGUAGUACAGUAAUAUUUAUAACGAUUCAAGUUUUCUAUUCAUGUCCAUCGGGCCAUAGAGAUACCUCCUUCAUCACUUAUGAUCUUUCUCCUUUCCGUAUGGGUCUUUAAUAUUUGAAACACAGAAAGGUGUUAGAACUCUUACUGGGAAAGGGUUGUCUCUUCUUACAGGGAACUGUAAAUACAAUAACAAACCCUGGAAAAUACAAAUCAAGGAGUAGCCUUGGGUUUACUUUUGUCAUUAAUGACCUCAACAGGUCAUUAAUGCACAACAGCACGCAUUUCAAAGAGAAAUGCUUUUGUUGAAUCAGCAACUUGGUUGGUGACACAUAUUAGUAUCAGAAUGAGAAAUUCAAAUGUGGUAUAGAAUAGGAAGGAAAUUUCCUGGCAAAUAAGCGAAGGCUUGGAAUCAGUGUUACUCUGUACUGAUGAAAUAAUACAUUGAUGGUGGAGUUUAGCAGUACAUAGGAGGCCAUAUACACAGGCUAGAGCCCCAGAUCUCGCCUAAAACAUCCCUGACCAUAAGGCUGCUGAAAGGAAAAUAUUUAUCAUAUUUCAUUAAAAAGGGAAGAAAAGACAAGACACGCUGGACACAUUAUAAAGUGACUAUUCCCAAAUUUAACAAGGAAAACAUUAUGCUGGAGAGGCAAAGCUGUCAUUUCAUGUGCAUUGUAUGUAUUUUCAUAGUGAAGGAUGACUGAGAGAUGUUGAAAAUUCCAGUUAGAAGAAAAUGAAUCUACGAAAUGCUUAACAAAAACAGUAAAGUACAUGUUCUUGUGAUGGAUCCUGUGAAAUAAAACACAAGAUCCAAACUACAACUGCCUUACUUACCCUACUGCCCAACUUUUAGGUAGAUCAAAAUCAGAUUUGAAUUUUAUAAUUCAGUCUCGACUUUAGAACAGGCCAGACAACCUAUGUUCUGAGACAUUCUGCAUUUGGAUCCGGAGCCAAAACUGGGAACACCUUUAGUAUAACUACUAUGCUAGAAUUUCGAUGGUGAGAGUACAAAGGACAAUGAGGAGAUGUCAGGCCUAUAUAAGUGAUUAGAGACUUACGGUUGCUGCCGUGGAACUGCAUAGUAAGGGAUGGCAUAUACUGUAAUCCGGUCUUAGGCAGGUCAAAUAACCGACCAGAAAGACGCUUCCAUUUGAAAAGGGGUAUGGUGCUUGCGGGUCAAAUGCAAUCUCAGGAUGUUUAACAAACAUUCUCUCCUCUCUAAAUGAUCCAGGCCUCAUAAGGAAAUAAUUAAUUUAUGCUAUGAUUCUGAGUAUUAAGAACAGAAAAAUCCUUGUUUAAAAUUCAGCAUCUCUUCCCACUGUGUUAUGUUGUAUUUGGCCCAAGCAUAAACGAAGAGUAUAGCUCACAGAAGACUAAAUGAAUAUAAAUUGAUUUUUAGACUACAAAUCAGCGGAAACAAGCUCCUUAUGGUAGUGGCAGAGGGCAAGGAGCAUAACUAUUUUCAUGACUGCACCUCCAUCAGGUUACCAUUGAAACUGUAUGAUCUUACAGCAGUGUGCUGGACUUCAAUGACCCAUUUUUUUACUGUGACCCCCUGUUCUGUUUGGCUAAAUACACCAGUAGAUGCUGAACUCCUUCCCUAGAGAGUAUGCCGUCUCAGCACACUGAAUGCAAAGGCACUUGUAAUUGUGCUUAUAUGCUCUUCUGAAUCAUUGCUAGGGAACAGAAGUCAGAAGCUUUAUUUAUUUAUUCAGGAAAUGUACACAAGGGAUUUGGCUUGAAAAACUGAGUUAUCACUAAGUUAGGGUGCCUCUACUGCCAUAUUGAUGUGCUCUCGACCUUGUACUUGAGGCCUAGACCUUGGCUGGCCAUAGUACUGAGAGGCUGACAGAUGUUCAGGCUGCAUGCUAGUGUGUUUGAAUGUAGAGGCAGGACAGUUGUACAUGCUAUUCGGACGCUCCAAAAGCCUCCAAAGGAGACCUGAGGCUUUUCCAGCAUUUAUGUGGCUUAAAACCCCUGUGCACUCAGAUAUUUUUACCAAAGAGACUGAAAAAAUGCAGAGUUCCACAACUGAUAAGUGUUGAAUCAGAGCUAGUUCCAUGCAGGUGUUUGUAUGGACAGAAAACACUCUGGCGUAGAACUCUACGUGUAGAUGGGAUCCUGCUAGAGUUUAGCUCAGUACAGCACCUAUCAUCAGCAUCAUCAAAUUCAAGGUCUUACCAGGCUCAGUGGUCGAGUAUGGGGUUACGAGUUACAUUGGCACUCACAGGCAUCAUACACGAAUCUAGCCCUAAGUUAAAAUAUAAAAUACAGCCAGUUAGAAAACUGAGGAGUAUAGUCACUACUGGUGUUCAAUUAAGAAACGGAAUUAGUAUACAGCCUUCCAC